AUGGCCAAUAAUUCUAGCUUACUUAAUUGUUUAUGGAUAAGCUUUUUCAUUUUUGCUACUGGGACCGGUGUUUUAUCAGGAUAUUUAGUAUCUAAUGCUUAUUAUGAAUGCCUAAAAGGAAGACUUACAUCUUCUAGUUCAUACUCAACGUCAUAUUCCAUUAACUCGAUUCCUUGUAACACAUAUGAUAAUAUUUCUGGUGGCAUUAUUGCUGGGAUAGUUUUAGUAAUUGUUGGGGCGCUUUGGUGCUGUACUUAUUGUAUAAUUCUAAGUCGAAAGCUGGCCCCUCCAAAACUUCCAACCUACCAAAGCCAACCAACAAACGGAAGAAUGUCAAUUAUGGCACACAUUAAAAAUGUUUUUAAGAAAAAAGAGGAAAAUGUUGAGUCACAAGCUCAUGAAAUCACUCCAACACUCCAAAGCCAGUCAACAAAUCAAAGAUCUCUAUUUCCGAAUUUUCAGAAGAAAAAGGAUGAUACAGAGUUACAAGCUCAUGAAAUCACCCCAACACACCAAAGCCAGUCAACAAAUCAAAGAAAAUCUCUAUUUCCAAAUUUUCAGAAGAAAAAGGAGGAUGCAGAGUUACAAGCUCAUGAGGUCGUAUAA